AAGACUAAAAGUACAUAUAAAGUAACAAAAAGAAAAAGGAAAACUAAAGGAUGGAUAAUAUGUAGCGAAAAUUAUAUGGAUCUCGAAAAAAUUGCGCAAAACCUAACAAAUAAUGUUCCAAAAAUAUGUUUAAAACGAAUAAAUUUGUCAAACACCACUUCAAGUUCUAUCGAAAGUGACAGUAAAGGUGAAGUUCUAGAUGAAUCUACGGAAAAAAUCUGUCAACAAGAUGUUCAACCAAGUCUUUCUAAAAUUACGCUUUGUGACACAUCUGUUGAAUCGUUGAACAAUAAAAUAGUUGAUAGUACAGUUGUUAACAGUAAUAACAUAAAACAUCAUCAUUUUAGAAAAAUCUUUGGAAGCUUCAAACAAACAAAGUGUCAAUGA